GGGGGAGGAGGUGGGGAGAUUGCUUCCCUCGAGCGUUUACUUCCUCGCAGAAAUUCCAUUUCAACUGGGUACUCACAGGCUGUGUUUGAGAAUUCUCUAUUUAGCAGACACACCGCGGGGAGGCCAGCAGCUCCUUUCCAGUUCCCAGUUCAUUCUCCUUCGCCGACUAGCCUCACUGCGGAUCCUCUCAAUCGACGCAUUUGGUGGGGUUACUGCAUUGUCCCUCGUCGAGCUCUCUCACACUCAUUCACCUAUUCACUCACUGACUCACUCACUUACUCACUCAGCCGAACCCCGACCACACCGAAAACUCGGAACCUGGAAAGGUUGUUGGGUGUAGCAAACAACUCAGACUGGGCUCGCUCACACGGUCACUCCCCUUCCCCCCGACGCCAAAUUCCCGGUAGAGGGUUUGCGGGAGGCCGGACGACGCACAGCGCACGACGGAAACGAUGGCGGACGACGAGCAAUGGAGCGGAAUGGAGAACACGAUUGAGGACCCGGAAGAGACGAGGGUUAUAUUCUCCGCGCUGGACUCUUUCCUUCAAUAUGCAAAGGUGGCGCACUUCAAUGUAACCCACCUGCGCCGGCAGUCCUUCUAUGCCCUGCCCCAGGCGCACUGGCAGAUGCUUGCUGCGGCCCCAUUCAACUUCCUCGACACCCUUGAGCGCACUGACGACGCCAUCGAAUCCAACGCUGAGCUCGCCCGUGCCAUCGCCCAUAACGGCCUGCGCUCCUUUCACCUUGUUCCCGAGGGCUCGACGGAAGAGCCGCAAAUGCCUGCCGCCUGGGCCGGCGUCGCGAAGCACAACGACACCGACAAGGCCCGUAGCACCCUUCGCCAGUUCUACCGCGACUGGUCCGCCGAGGGUUCCGAGGAGCGGCGCGUGUGCUACAGUCCCGUUCUUGACGCCGUUGACCUAGAGCGUAAGACCCGUUCACCUACACCCUCGACAUCCAGCGAACCACUCAAGGUUCUCGUCCCAGGCGCGGGCCUCGGACGCCUCGUAUUUGAGCUCUGCCGCGCGGGCCACGACGCCGAAGGCAAUGAGAUAUCCUAUCAUCAGCUCCUCGCCUCCUCCUACAUCCUCAACUGCACAAAGGCCGCGGGUCAGCACAACAUUUACCCCUGGGUGCACUCCUUCUCCAACCAUCGCACCCGGACAAAUCACCUCCGCAGCUGCGCCGUGCCGGACAUCCACCCAGCGACGCAACUCGCCGCCGCAGGUCCCUCCGUAGGGUCUAUGUCCAUGUGCGCCGCCGACUUCCUGUGCCUGUACGCCGACGACGACCACGAAGCCGCCUAUGAUGCCGUCGCCACCGUCUUCUUUCUCGACACAGCGCCCAACCUCGUGCGGUAUCUGGAGACAAUCCUGCACUGCCUGCGUCCGGGCGGCGUGCUCAUCAACUUUGGCCCGCUGCUGUGGCAUUUCGAGAACAACGCGCCCGGGAACCACGGCCGCGACACGGACGGUGACGGCGAGCACGACCACAACAACUCGUCGGGCAUCGCGGACCCGGGCAGCUUCGAGCUCAGUGACGACGAGGUCAUGGCGCUGGUGGAGCGGGUCGGGUUCGUGGUGGAGAGGCGCGAGACGGGCAUCAAGGCGCCAUAUAUCCAUGACCCGGAGAGUAUGCUGCACACGACCUACCGUGCGAGCUUCUGGGUGGCGAGGAAGCCUCUGUAGAUUUCACCACGUCAGACCGUGCUUUCCGCCCACUGCUUUUUAAUACGUAACUCUGAGAGACAGAGAGAGAGAAAGAGAGAGAGAAGGAAGAUGGGGGUCCCACACAAAGUCAUGGUAUGAAAAAGAACUUGGCUUGAUGAAAAUUAGGCCACUGGCGCAGGCAUGGAUGGCAUCAGCGCGAAAAUUACAUUUUUAUUUAUUUUAUUUUUGGUUUUACAAACACCUCGCAUCCUAUAUCCAUCCUACC